AUGGCUGCCGCAACCGAAGAAGUUCCGACUCCAGAGAAAACCAAACAAAUGCCAGUGUCAGUAGCAGAAGAAGAAGUAGAAGACGAUGAGCACGGUUCCAAAGACAGAGUUCUCCAAAAAUACUUCUUACAAGAAUGGAAACUCGUCAAAUCUCUGCUCGAAGACAUCGUUUCCAAUCAACAAGUCUCCGAUCUAUCCUCCGUCUACAAGAUCCGCUCCAUUAUGGAUAAGUAUCAGCAGCAGGGUGAGCUAUUGGAGCCGUACCUGGAGAGUGUAGUUUCUCCAUUAAUGCAAAUUAUUCGUACUCGAACAAUAGAAUUAGGCUUUAAAUCGGAUGAAAUUCUGGAAAUAAUCAAGCCGGUAUGUAUUAUUAUUUACACUUUAGUUACAGUUUGUGGUUACAAGGCAGUUAUUAAGUUUUUCCCGCAUCAAGUUUCGGAUUUAGAGCUUGCCGUUUCUCUGUUAGAGAAAUGCCAUGGCGCGAUAUCUGUUACAUCUUUGAGGCAGGAAAGUACGGGAGAGAUGGAGGCGAAGUGUGUGAUGCUUUUGUGGCUUUCUAUUCUUGUUUUGGUUCCGUUUGAUAUUUCUUCUGUUGAUACUAGUAUUGCGAGUAGUAAUGAGCUUGGUGAACUUGAGUUAGCUCCUCUUGUUUUGAGGAUUUUGAAGUUUUCUAAGGAUUAUCUUUCGAGUGCCGGUCCUAUGCGGACUAUGUCUGGAUUAGUGCUAUCGAAGCUUCUUUCCCGUCCUGAUAUGCCAACGGCUUUUACCAGCUUUAUUGAAUGGACACAUGAAGUUUUGUCUUCUGGAACAGAUGAUUUUACGUCUCACUUUCAGUUACUGGGUGCUGUUGAGGCAUUGGCUGCUAUUUUCAAGGCUGGUGGUCGCAAAGGGUUAAUGGAUGUGGUUCCCACUGUCUGGACUGAUAUCUCAACGUUGGCAAAGUCUGGUAUUGCUGCUCGUAGUCCUUUGCUUCGCAAGUAUUUGGUGAAGUCAACACAACGGAUAGGGCUUACCUUCCUCCCUCCUCGUUCACCAGCCUGGCGUUAUGUGGUUAGUAUUGUGGAAUAUUUUGGACAUCCUGAUUUAACUUCAAGGACCAGCUCUCUUGGGGAAAAUGUUUCCAUAAAUGCAUUGAAAAGAGCUGAUCAAUGCAGUCAUGAUGAGAAUAUUGACUCUGUCAAACCAGAAAAUAGUGCAAACUGCCUUGAAGAUGAAGACAUGGAGGUUCCAGAAAUUGUAGAAGAGAUCAUCGAGAUGUUACUUGCUGGAUUAAGAGACACGGACACUGUUGUACGUUGGUCUGCUGCCAAAGGUAUUGGCCGCAUAUCUUCACGUUUGACAUCUGCUUUGUCAGAAGAGGUCUUGUCAUCUGUACUGGAGCUGUUUUCACCUGGAGAGGGUGAUGGUUCAUGGCAUGGAGCUUGCUUGGCACUAGCUGAACUAGCACGCAGAGGAUUGUUGUUGCCUAUGAGUCUUCCCAAAGUUGUUCCUUUUGUUGUGAAGGCACUACAUUAUGACAUUCGAAGAGGUCCACAUAGUGUAGGGUCUCAUGUUCGAGAUGCUGCUGCCUAUGUUUGUUGGGCGUUUGGCCGUGCAUAUUAUCACACUGAUAUGAGAAAUGUAUUGGAACGGCUUGCUCCACACCUUUUAACAGUGGCCUGCUAUGACCGUGAGGUGAAUUGCAGAAGAGCAGCUGCAGCUGCUUUUCAGGAGAAUGUCGGAAGACAAGGGAACUACCCACAUGGCAUUGACAUAGUGAAUACUGCAGAUUAUUUUUCACUUUCAUCACGAGUAAACUCUUAUCUCCAUGUUGCUGUCUGCAUUGCUCAGAAUGAAGGAUACCUAUAUCCUUUUGCAGAAGAACUGCUGCAUAACAAGAUUGGUCACUGGGAUAAAGGCUUGAGAGAACUUGCUGGAGAAGCCCUUUCUGCUCUUGUUAAAUAUGAUCCUGAGUAUUUUGCAAGCUUUGUUCUGGAGAAAUUAAUUCCUUCUACUCUCUCAUCUGAUCUUUGCAUGCGCCAUGGUGCAACCUUAGCAACUGCAGAAAUUGUUCUGGCUUUGCAUCAAUACAAACAGAAACGAGUUGCUGGUGUAGUCCCUGCUAUUGAGAAAGCACGCCUUUAUCGUGGGAAGGGUGGAGAAAUAAUGCGUUCUGCUGUUUCUCGGUUCAUUGAAUGUAUCUCAUCAUCGCAUUUGGUAUUACCAGAAAAGAUAAAAAGGAGUCUGCUUGAUACACUUAAUGAAAAUUUACGGCAUCCUAAUUCUCAAAUACAGAAUGUUGCUGUUCAAGCUCUGGAACACUUCGUUCAAGCAUACCUUGUCUCCACAAGUAAUGAAGGUGCAGGUGGUAUAACGUCAAAAUACCUGGAACAGCUUACUGAUCAAAAUGUUGCCAUAAGAAGAGGAUCUGCAUUGGCACUUGGUGUCUUGCCGUAUGAACUUUUGGCUAACAGGUGGAGAGAUGUGCUUCUGAAGCUUUCUAGUUCUUGCAUGAUAGAGAAUAACCCUGAGGACAGAGAUGCUGAAGCACGAGUUAAUGCUGUCAAAGGACUCAUAUUAGUGUUGAAAACAUUAACUCAGGAAAAAGACUGUUCCAGUAAUUGUUCUGGAGAGGAUGACAUGUCUCUGUAUCAUCUGAUAAAAAAUGAAGUGAUGCCAUGCUUAUUUAAAGCUCUUGAUGACUAUUCUGUUGAUAACAGAGGUGAUGUGGGUUCUUGGGUUCGUGAGGCUGCUAUGGAAGGCCUUGAAACAUGCACAUACGUCCUCUGUAUUAAGGAUUCCACUGCAAUAUCUCAUGGUGUUGAGUGUGUGUCAGAGAGGCCUAAAAACGAUGUGGCUGAUAAUAACCAGGUGCUCUCAUUUUUUGAUGCAAAUCUUGCAACCAAUGUGAUUGGUGGAAUUGCUAAGCAAGCUGUUGAAAAGAUGGACAAAAUAAGAGAAGCUGCUGCAAAGGUUCUGCAGAGGAUUUUGUACAACAAAGCAAUAUUUAUUCCAUUUAUUCCGUACAGAGAAAAUCUGGAAGAAAUUGUUCCUAAUGAAACAGAUUUAAAGUGGGGUGUCUGUAAUUUGGGUUCUUUGACUAGGUCUGUAUUGUCUGGUUUAGUUAUUUCAAUUGGUGGGUUGCAAGAUUCUUUACGAAAGGCUUCAAUCUCGGCAUUGUUGGAAUAUCUUCAACCGGUUGAAACUAAAGAGUCGAAUGAGAGAAGGUCGAGAGAGCAAAAACUAUCUACCGACAUGCUUUGGGUUCUCCAACAGUACAAGAAAUGUGACAGAGUUAUUGUACCCACUUUGAAGAAUCCUGACCACAACUCUUGUGUAUUUCAGACAAUAGAGAUUCUUUUCAGCAAAAAGAUAUUCUUGGAUAUGGAGGACCGAACUCCAGUCUUUUGUGCAAGUGUUUUGGAUUCCCUCGCUGUUGAAUUGAAGGGAUCUAGGGACUUUGCAAAAUUAUACUCUAGUAUUGCUAUACUUGGAUAUAUCGCUUCGCUCUUGGAAACCAUCAAUGCUCGGGCAUUCAAUCAUCUUCUUACUUUGCUAGGCCAUCGAUAUCCCAAGGGAACUGAAGUCUACACUCUCUUUGUUUCUCAGAUCAGGAAAGCUUCUGCUGAACAAGUUUACCUUGUCCUACUGCAAAAUGGAAAUCUUGUACCAGAGGACAAGAUAGAGAGAGCACUGGAAAUUAUUUCUGAAACCUGCUGGGAUGGAGACGUUGAGGCAACCAAGCUUCAAAGAUUAGAAAUUUUCGAGAUGGCUGGUGUGGAAUUGGGACAACUUGUCAAGCCUAGAGAUAAACUAUCAAACAAGCACAGUGAGAAGCGGCCUGUCGCAAAUGAUGAAAAUGCAUCAUAUUCCUCAUUAGUCGGGUCAACUGGGUUUUGA